UUUUUAGCCCCCGCCCCCCGCCCCCCAAAAAAACAAAAGUCCUCGCGGGAUUCCGUGAGACUGAAAAUCCGUCACCGCAAGCUAUUUCUUUGAGUUUAGAAGGACACAGACCAAGAGUGUAGUGAAAGGAAGAACUAUGUCGCUAGUGGAUUACGCCUCGUCUUCUGAGGACGAGGAGGUUGAAGAAGACCAAGAGCCGCAACACUACAAGCAAGAUACAAGAGAUGAACGGCAGGUGGAGAAGGAAAGACCAAACGAAUCGGCUGCUGCUGCGACUGUUCCCCUACAGUUUCCUCAAUGCCAACCGAAAUCGAGCUCUUCACAUUCAACUUACCGUCAUCCAGACGUUGUCAUUCCUUCGAAUGCAAUAUCAAUGGAAAAACUUCCUGAUGCAUCUAUUCUUCUUUCAUCACCAUCAUUUUCGCCACAACAAUACGCUGGCACUGACCACUCUUCUCGCAUAGCAUCUACUAUUCCAGAAAUAGCAUCAAGGAAGAGGGAGCCAAAUGGAUCAGGUUUCAUUCACCCACCUAAUAAGCACCCGAGAGGAAACCUACCCCAUUCAAGAAAUAUCCUUGAUACUGUCAGUGGUACUUUGAUCCCCCCACAGCUCAAGGGAAGGAGCAAUGUUGUCACUGAAGAUAUAAGGAAGUUGUUUGUGAAUCGACACAGAGAACCUUCUGGAUAGUUAAUACACAUCUACGUGCAGUUUUCAUGCUUUUAAAGAGUUCAUUUGGAAAAUCUUCUAUGCAGUUUUCAGAACUGAAGACAAUGCUUGAUUAUUUGCUAUGGUGAUUAGCUUUAUAUAUUUCUUUCCCUUUCAUGUAUAUAUGGCCAUUACAAUAAAAUACUUUGGUAACUUCUGGUAAGGAGCUGUUUGUUUCCAGAAUUGUUAGAGUUCUUUUCAUAAUGGUUUAAGAACUGUAGAUUAUGUUGUAUUUCUACUGUUUAUGUUAUGAUCAUUUGGUAAAGGAGAAUCUGAUUGUCUUUGGUAAGGCUCA